CGAGAGAGUCACAACAAGAACAAUAGUGUAGUCAUUGAUGAUGACAGAGAACAGGAAGUCAAUGAUGAAGAAGAUUUCCACUAUGGUCGAGGGAUCGGAGAGGCGAAACGGGACGUCCAGCUAGUAGGAGAUCACAUAGUUCAACAGGAGCAGG